UUAAAGAAAAUGCUAAGCCAAUAGUGCAUGCUGCUAGAAGAGUACCUGUACCUCUGAAAGACAAGCUAAAGAAGGAACUGGACAAAAUGACCACACUGGGGGUGAUAAGAAAGGUUGAAGAACCUACUGACUGGGUAAACUCCAUGGUGUGUGCAAAGAAAAAGAAUGGUGAACUGCGAAUAUGCAUGGACCCAAAAGAUCUAAACGAGAACAUCAAACGUGAACACUACCAAAUACCUAAGCGUGAAGAAAUAACCAGUGAAAUGACAGGCGCCAGAUAUUUCACAAAACUUGAUGCUUCACAAGGUUUUUGGCAGUUAAAGCUAGAUGAAAGCAGCACCAAGUACUGCACCUUCAAUACGCCAUUUGGCAGGUACUGCUUCCUAAGAAUGCCUUUUGGAAUAAUCUCAGCAUCUGAGAUAUUUCACAGAGCAAUGGAGCACAUAAUUGAAGGACUGGAAGGUGUCCGAGUUUAUGUGGACGACAUAAUCAUCUGGAGCUCUACAAUGCAAGAACACAAGGAGAGACUGACAAGAGUAUUUGAGCGAGUACGACAGUAUGGACUCAAGCUCAACAAGAGCAAAUGUCAGUUUGGAGUACAAGAAAUUGUUUUUCUGGGAGACAAGCUUUCUGCACAAGGUAUUCAGCCUGACCAUGAAAAAAUCAAUGCAAUACAGGACAUGCCAAGGCCCACAGACAAGACAGGAGUGCUACGCAUAAUGGGAAUGGUGAAUUUAAUCAGUAAAUUCAUUCCCAAUCUGUCUGCAAAAACAUCCUGCAUUCGUGAGCUCCUGCAUAAGGAGCACAAGUUCAAGUGGACAGCACAGCAUGAAGAGGAGUGGGAAAAUCUCAAAAGAACGCUGACAACUGCACCUGUGUUGGCAUUUUAUGACUCAACGAAGGGGAUCAAAGUGUCAACGGAUGCCUCCAAAGAUGGAAUUGGUGCGGUACUCCUGCAAGCUGAAGGUGAGCAUUGGAAACCUAUAGCCUACGCAUCCAGGUCCAUGACAGAAAGUGAGCGUCGCUAUGCUCAAAUUGAAAAAGAAUGCCUAGGAUUAGUUUUCGGCUUAGAGAGGUUCCACAGCUACAUAUAUGGCUUACCAUCCUUCACUGUAGAAACAGAUCAUCGCCCACUAGUUUCUAUCAUCAAGAAGAAUCUGAAUGAAAUGUCACCAAGAAUUCAGCGUCUAAUGAUGAGAAUGCUGAGAUAUGACUUUGAAUUGGUGUAUACACCAGGAAAACACCUGAUAAUUGCAGAUGCACUCUCACGAGCACCCACAGGGAGAAAUGUGAGUACAACAGAAGACGACAUUCAAACUCAUAUAAACAUGGUCUCUGCUCUGCUUCCUGUGUCAGACAUGAAAUCCAAGCAAAUUGUAGAUGAGACUGCACAAGACACAGAACUGCAACAUGUCAUCAGAAACAUGUCAGAUGGCUGGCCCGCUGGUUCAUGUCCACUCUUCUACCACAUCAGAGGAGAACUGAGUGUGGUUAAUGGGCUGCUGCUGAAACAGGACAAAAUCGUCAUUCCGCAAAAGAUGAGACAAGAGAUACUUACCAGAGUACAUGAAGGUCAUCUCGGGAUUGAAAAAUGCAAAAGAAGGGCAAGAGAGACAGUCUUUUGGCCAGGUAUAAACAGAGACAUUGAGAGUCUGAUAAGCAGAUGUGUAACAUGUCAAAAGUAUCGCAACAGGCAGAUCAAAGAGCCUAUGGUGAUAGCAGAAACACCAACAGCACCAUGGCACAAAGUAGGAAUGGAUCUAUUUCAUGCCAAAGGCAAAGACUACUUAGUGGUCAUUGACUACUAUUCAAACUUCCCUGAAAUGGCAUUGCUCUCAAACUUAUCAUCAUCAUGUGUCAUAACACAUGUAAAAUCCAGCAGUAUGACUUCAAGCAUGUGACAUCCAGCCCGUUAUACCCACAGUCAAACGGUAAGGCAGAAAAAGGUGUCCACAUUCUCAAACAGCUUCUGAAGAAAGCUGCAGACAGUGACUCAGAUCCAUACCUUGCCUUACUCAGCUACAGAACAUCACCGCUUGAGUGUGGAUU